AUGACGAAGUCUUUGGCGUUGAAGAUGGAAGAAGACUUGAUUCUAGAGAUCAUGUCUCAUUGUGCUUCGACGGAUGUUGCAAAACUCCGUUUGCUAAACAAAGCCUGCAACAAACGAAGUUAUGAGUUCUUCUUCCUCAAUCGUCAUCUUGAUAGAGCCAACUCUGUUUUUGGCUAUUUCAUUCAAAGCUACAGCCGGUUUAAGUAUCACCCUACUUUUGUCUCCGGCGACGUCAACGAAGAAGUUCCUGACAAAAAAGGAAUCUCGCUUGAAUUUCUCCCACAGAAAGAUGUUAAGAUUGAAGCUUGCGAUACACAUCAUGGGAUCUUGCUCUGCGUCGAUGAUGAUAGAUUCAAAGGAGGACAACGAAUACCAGAUUACAUCGUUUGUAAACCGGCUACGAAGCAGUACCGAAUCAUACCAAACCCGAAAACCCGUUAUUUCACUCUUGCAACCGGUUUAAUGGUGAUUCAGUCGAACCCGUUUCGGUACAAGAUCGUUAGCGUUUCUCAACCAAUGGCACACGAGAGAAAGAAGACCAAGGAGGGUUUCUACAAUCGCAAUUGCGAGGUCUUCGAUUCUGAUUCGUUCGCAUGGAAGCGACUGAAUGAUUUGGAAAUACCGAUGGACAAGUCUGUCGUAGGAUCAGAUAAACCGGUGUCGGCGUACGGUUUCUUGCAUUGGUUGACGAGAGAAAACGAUGUGAUCCGGUUCUGUUUCCGAACCGAAACUUGGUCUAACUUCCCGGUUCCUGAGGAUGCGGUAGGCGAUGGUUCUCUAGAGUUGGUCAGCUACGAAGGAAAGCUUAGUGUGAUUUGUUCGAAUUCGAGACAAGGAUUUGAUUUGUGGGUUAUGAGUAAAAGUUUUGGAAACUCUUGGGUAAAUGUGAAGGAUGUGAAAAUUACAGGGCUAGAAGAUGAAUUUGCAAAACCUCUAUGGUUCCCAAGCAACGACGUCGUAUCGGUGAAUGGUUUUUGUCGGCUUGGUCUCAACAACAUGAACAACAAGAAGUCUUCGUAUUUGCGGAUGACUCAGCAUUCGUUGCCUAACUAUAUACCAAGAGAUAUUUGCUUCCCUUUCUACUCAAACUACGAAAGAGUUUGUCUGAAUGAAGAUCGUGCUGGAAGGUCCAACAAAUAAGAGAAGGAGAGAAAGAUGAAAGAAGAAGGCGAGUAUGAGUCUUCUCGUUUGUCUGCAGACGCAUCCUGUAAUUGCGUCACUUGCAGUUGGGAGGACAAAGAAGUCUACCGCGGCCCUUUGAAGAAGGUUCCGUGUUAG